GCGGGAGCGGAGCCCGGGGCUGGCGUGCGGUCCGGCGGCUGCCGCUGCGGAACUGGAGAGCUCGCCUUUUCGACGCUUUGUAUUUUUUUUAAUUUUAAUUUUUUUUUUUUUUUUGGUACACCGCCUCCUUGAAUCCAGCAGCAGAAGCAGCAGCGAGGAAAAUAAGCGGAGGGGCAGAGAGAGAUAAGAGAAGACGGAGGAGAUGGUGAGCGGAUGGCUGGGUUGGGAAGAAUGAAUGACCCUGCCGGGCUGUUUUCGGGAUAUCCAUAACUGAGUUGUGCUUUAUGACCAAGGGAAGGAGCCUAACAACUCGCCUGAAAGGGUGAGUUAUCAUCAAACCAGAGGAGAAUUUCCAUCUUAAAGCCACUGCAAGAAAGGAGCACUGUAAAAGCUGGUUGUGCUUCAGGCUGCUCUCCUGCUCUCUCUGUCCUGUUCUAGGCUUAGUGGGUGAUGUCACAGCAGCUCUAACCCUCAGGCCCCGGUACCUCUCUAGUUGACAGGCAGGAGCGUUGCCAGCAGCCAUGGAUGACUAUGAUAUCAGGUCUGCUGCCAGCAUUUUGGCGUCGGUUAAGGAGCAGGAGGCUCGCUUCGAGCGGCUCACCCGCGCGCUGGAGGAGGAGCGGCGCAAUGUGUCCCUGCAGCUGGAGCGUGCCAGCCAGCCCGCAGACCGAGUCAGCAUCUGCAACAUUGGCAAUGGCCAGCCCCUGGCGACCGCCUGGCAGCAGCUCGUCCUGCAGGAACAAAGCCCCAGUAACCAGACUUCGAUAGCAAUGAUGCAAGAGCCUCAAGAAAUGGUGGAAGAGACAGUAACUGUGGAGGAAGACCCAGGCACUCCCACUUCCCAUGUGUCUAUUGUCACUUCUGAGGAUGGAACCACAAGGAGAACAGAAACCAAGGUUACCAAAAUGGUCAAGACGGUCACCACCAGGACAGUGCGUCAGGUGCCGCUGGGGCCGGACGGGCUGCCCUCCAUGGACGGCUCGUCCCCCAUGGGCAGCUACACGGACUCCAUCGACAGGAGGUUCCUGAAGAACGGGGAGCGCUACAUCACCCCCCAGGCGUCCUCCACGCUCACCAGGUCCUACAACAGCUACAACGACUCCUACCCCGAGAGCCACGAGGGCCAGUACCGCCCGUACCUGGGCCACGACGGCUACGGGGAGCUGUCCGACAGCUACGGCAGCCUGUCCCGCGGCGUGGGCUACCGGCCCCGCUACGCCUUCGUGCCGGGCAGCGCCUACCGGCCCGACGACGGCAGCUUCACUCUGCCCGGCAGAAGGGACAACUACGCCCCCGUGGCACAGCCCCAGGUGCCCGUGGGCAGCAGCGCUGACCUGAACCGCUCCCAGCCGGAGCGCUUCCAGCCAGAGCCCUACGGGCUGGAGGACGACAACCGCAGCCUGGGAGUGGAUGAUGAGGGCUACGAGCUGGACCCUGACUACUCCACUGUCAACAGGAGGACGUCCGCAGCUGUGCCAGAGAGAGGGAGACCCCACAAAGGAAGGGGCUACGACAACCCCAUGGAGAGCGAGAUGGUGGAGGAGAGGAUUCCGUACCUGCACGGCGGCUACGCGGCCCCGCUGGCCCAGCCCGAGAGGGGCAGCAUGGCCAGCAUCGACCGCCUGGGGAAGCGCUCGCCCUCCAUCGACAGCAUCCGCAAGGACCCGCGCUGGAGGGACCCCGACCUGCCCGAGGUCAUCGCCAUGCUCAGCCACCCCAUCGACCCGGUCAAGUCCAACGCCGCGGCCUACCUGCAGCACCUGUGCUACGAGAACGACAAGAUCAAAAAGGACGUGAGGCACCUCAAGGGGAUCCCCAUCCUGGUGGGCCUGCUGGAUCACCCCAAGCCCGAGGUCCAUCGCAAGGCCUGCGGGGCCCUCCGAAACAUCUCCUACGGGAAGGACAAUGAGAACAAGGUGGCCAUAAAGAACUGCGAUGGCAUCCCCGCGCUGAUCAGACUGUUGCGGAAAACAAACGACAUGGAAGUCAGAGAGCUCAUUACAGGCACCCUGUGGAACUUGUCCUCCUACGAGCCCCUGAAGAUGGUGAUCAUCAACCACGGGCUGCAGACGCUGACCAACGAGGUGAUCAUCCCGCACUCGGGCUGGGAGAGCGAGCCCAACGAGGACUCGAAGCCCCGCGACGCCGAGUGGACCACGGUGUUCAAGAACACCUCUGGCUGCUUACGGAAUGUGAGUUCAGAUGGAGCAGAAGCUCGCAGGAGACUGAGGGAGUGUGAUGGCUUGGUGGACGCCCUCCUUCACGCUUUACAGUCUGCGGUUGGCAAGAAGGACACAGACAAUAAGUCUGUGGAGAACUGCGUGUGCAUCAUGAGGAACCUUUCCUAUCACGUCCACAAAGAGGUCCCCGGAGCUGAUAAGUACCAAGAACUUGAUGCUGGGCAGAGCACAGGCACAGGAGGCUCUCAGAAGAAGAAGAAAGAUGAUGCUGGUUGUUUUGGUGGAAAAAAAGCUAAAGAGGAGUGGUUCAAUCAAGGAAAGAAGAAUGGAGAUCUGGACAGGAAUUUUGAUACACUUGAUUUGCCCAAGCGGUCUGAAGCAGCAAAAGGCUUUGAAUUGCUGUACCAGCCAGACGUGGUCCGGCUGUACCUCUCCAUCCUCACCGAGAGCCAGAACUUCAACACUCUGGAAGCUGCAGCAGGAGCUCUGCAGAACCUCAGUGCUGGCAACUGGACGUGGUCCACCUACAUCCGUGCGACGGUGCGGAAGGAGCGGGGGCUGCCGGUGCUGGUGGAGCUGCUCCAGUCCGACUCCGACAAGGUGGUGAGGGCUGUGUCCAUUGCCCUGAGAAACCUCUCCAUGGAUCGGCGCAACAAGGACCUCAUAGGUAGUUAUGCCAUGGGUGAGCUGGUAAGGAAUUUGCCCAGCAGGCAGCAGAGAUCUGCAAAGAACCUGGAAGAGGAUACAGUGGUGGCAGUGUUGAACACCAUCCAUGAAAUCAUUACUGACAGCUCAGAAAAUGCAAGGUCCCUGAUCCAGACCCAGGGCAUUCAGAAGCUGGUAGCUAUCAGCAAGUCCAGCCAGUCUCCCAGAGAAACAAAAGCAGCAUCUCACAUUCUUCAGAUGAUCUGGAGCUACAAAGAGCUACGAAAUGCCCUGCAGAAGGAUGGGUGGAACAAGUCACACUUUCAGGCCGUGUCUGCGGCUCCGAAGGGCUCCAAGGCUCCUGCUGGCAGGUCUGGCUAUGAUGACAGCACGUUGCCUCUGGUGGAUAAAAGUCAAGAUAAUGAGAAGUCUGGGAGUCGUGACAUGAUACCUAUGGAUGAACUCGGCCCAGAUGGAUAUUCCACCAUCGACCACCGCGACAAGGAGCGCAAGUACAAGAGCAGCGAUCACCCGGGCGACGCCUCGGAGAAGGAGCCCUUAAAAAAUGACACAAAUAGGAAAAACAUUAACAGGAGUAACAGGGCUUCGGUGAAUCUGGUGGAUGCCCGUGACAUUAAACCCCAGCCUGUUGACUCCUGGGUCUAAUUUGCAUGCAUGGGCUAAAGUCCAACCACGUUUUUUUUAAUUGAGGGGGAGAAACAAACAUUGAAUCGACACAGAGGAUCUCAUCAGUCACCACUGCCAUUCAGACCCGGAGGGCGCUGCACCCCUGACGGGCCGCGGGCUCUGCAGGUGCAGGGGGGUGUGGGAGGAACCCCUGCCGUGGCCCGGAGCACUGGAGCGCCCUGACAGCCACAGUGUGCUCCUCAACCCCUGCAUCCCCCAGGACAGCCACCACUCCCCUCCCUGCCCUGCUCCUGCGGGAACAGAGCAAGCAGAGAGUCCAACCUUCCCUGUCCUGCUGCUCCCUGGGGACCGGCUGGGGACGGGGGCAGGGAGGGCCGAGCGGCGACACAGCGAGGGAACUGGGGACACUGGAGAUGGAACCACGGGGCAGCCGUGAGGAUGAGAGCACUUUCCUGCCUUGGGGCUCCUUGGUUUGGGUUUUCUUUGUUUUGGGGGAUUUCUUUUGAACUGUGACUCUGCUUCACGUUUUUGAAGGCUUUUUGAAAAAUGUUCAGGUUUUCUUUAUUAUUUCCACAGAAGGUGCAGGAAUGAAUGGUGAGUGGGUUUAUUGGAUUUCAGUGAGGGGAGAAAAUGCAGAACAAAAAUGCUAGUCAGAUAAACUGGAGAGUGGAUGACAAUUGAUGCCAGCUGUAUAAUCUGCUUUUAGAGUAAGCUGUAUCAAUCACAGUGCUAUAUUGUCAUUAUAAGCUGGUGUACAAUACUUCUGCCUUUUGAAUUCUGUAAAGUCUCUGUUUUUAUUUCCACAUAUUGAAAAGCAGUUUAUGGAAGGCUUCAGUGUCCCUGGUUCAGAAAUCUGUGCUGAGAAAUGGAGCUGGCUGGCUUUUUAUUUUCACAUUCUCAAAGAUUGCAAUAAGGAGCUUGUUAAAUGUACCACUGUUGCAUUGAUGAUGAUUAACAACUGCUUUUGCUGUUGCUGUUACGGCAUUGAGAAGAGAAUUAAGAGCUUUUCUGUAGGAUGUCUUAUUUUGAAAACAGGAUACAUUUUAGAUGGGUCUACCACUUCUGUUUGAUGGUAAAUCUUUCACUGCUGGAUCCAUGUUUGCUUUGGGCUGUAGAUCCUGAUGAAAAAUGCCACAAAGGGAACUGGUUUGGCAUUUUUUAAAUCAUCAUCGUCAUGAUUUCCGUGUUGCUGUGCUUUUGUUCUGAGGUUGCAUCUUUGUUUGGCCCGCAGUGCCCGUGGGCAGCAGCUCUGCCCAGUGCAGGGCAGGGUCACCCCCAGGAAGGGGCUCUGCUGGGGGGCUGGAAAUGCUCGAACUGAAUGAGCUCAGAGCCCCAAAUCCUCCAGGCAGUGGUCAGGGGAGGGCAGCAGAUGAGAACAGGAAGCAAAUGUCUCACCAGUAGCAUGAGAGGACUUUUGCUGAAUUUACUUGGUUGCCACUGUUCUUUGAUUGCCACAUUUAGUUUUAAACGAGCUCCUAAAAACGGUGUGACUGGAAAGCACAUUUUUGAGUCCAGCAAACAUCAUCUGCUGUUUUCAGUGCCUGCCGUUUCUUUUGUAAUUAAAAAGGGGAAAUACCCAACAACCUCACCUCCCCCAAAAUAUUACUGUAAGAGUAAACAUCUACAUUUUUUUUUGUAAAAAAAAGGUUUAAAAACUUUAAAAAAAAAGGCAAGUACCAAGAGCUUUGUAUCUUCUUGAGUAUAUUAAAAAUUUGACAUGAAUACAUAUAUAUAAAUAAAUAAAAAAGUCUAUAUAUCUAUAUAUAUAUAUUGUUGUGCAGAGGAUAGGUUAACAAAACCAUGUAAAGUAGUUUGCAGGAGAGGGAAGCAUUUGUUGAUUCAGGGAAAAAGACUGAUGCCAGAAGCUGUCGGUGACUCGGAUGACACGUGUGCUCCUUCGCACCUCCCUUUCUGACCCUCAUCUCCCACGGGCGUUGCAGUGGUGGCUUCUGGAUGCUGGGGAAGGUGAGGUUGCUCGGAGCAAAUCAAGAGAGCCAAGUGUGUGUUUUCAGCUGCGUGAGAGCCCUGCUGGGCCGCGGGAGCAGGGGAGGCGUCUGUGCCUGUCGGGACAGUCGGUGCCUGUCGGGACAGUCGGUGCCUGUCAGGACAGUGCCUGUUGGGGCAGUGCCUGUUGGAGCAGUGCCUGUCAGGACGGUGCCUGUCGGGACAGUGCCUGUUGGGGCAGUGCCUGUCGGGGCAGUGCCUGUCGGGACAGUGCCUGUUGGGGCAGUGCCUGUCGGGGCAGUGCCUGUCAGGACAGUGCCUGUCAGGACAGUGCCUGUCGGAGCAGUGCCUGUCGGGGCGGUGCCUGGUGCAGACGUGGCGUGGGCAGUGAGAGCAGCCCCACCGUCUGACUGUACAUUCUCUCAAUGGUGCUCUUUUCAUACUCGUUCUGCCAAUACGCGGAGACCCUUUUAACCAAGCUACACAGAAGAGUUUUAUAUCACUUUUGGUUAUGUACUUGGUGUAUUCUUUUUGUAUAUGAAAGGAUUUUUUUAAAAACGUUCAGUAAUUAGCAACGGAACCUGCUUUGUAGUGAUUAGAACAGUGUAAGAGAAGGGCCGUGCUCUCAGUCUGUCCCUGAUCUACUUCAAACCAUGUAUUUACCAAAGGAGCAAAAGUUCACCUAAAGACCUGACUGUUGAAAGGAGUCUCUGCUAAGACUUUGUGGUUUAGUUAUUUUACAGAUAUUUCAAAGCCAGCAAGAGGUUAACAGAGAAAACCACAGGAAGGGGGAAGUGAAGUGACUGGGGCCAGUUAUGGUCAUGACCUCCUAUCCCAGAUAUCCCAUGGCUCUUAGUGGCACACUACAGGGACACUCCGAAUCUGGAUUGAUCUACUUCAGUCUCUCUCAUUAGUGGGCUAAAAACACUAAGGAGUAUUUGAGAAGCGAAUUCAGACCCCAUCCCACUCCCCCCAAAAGCUUUUCUUGUAUUUCCACUGCACCCUGUGAUAACCACCCUCCCUGUCAGGUGGGAUGGCUCUGGCUGCCCAGGUCACUGUAGCAAACUGGCCCUUGUUCUCCUGGGGUCAGUGUGAUGGCAGCCAGCAGGGCUGGGAGCUGACAGCGUGGUUUGUGGCUGCGGAGAAGCGAAGGGUGGUACGUCAGGAAGCCGGAUACCAAGUGGAUGGGCCAAGGCUUCCCCUGGGAAUCACAGUCUAACCCCUCCCCAUGCCUUACAGUGACAGCUCAUUCCCAAGUAUGUAGCAAUAACCCAUCCUCAACGUUACUGGGGGUUUUUUCUUCUCAACGAACUGUUUGGAUAUUGAGGAAGGAGAGCAGAUUGGGGGUGAGUUACGUGUGGGACUCAUCACCCUGUGCUGUCAGCCCACCAGCUGAGGUCUGAAGCAGGGUACCUCGAACCAGGGCUGGUGAUGUCGUGUCCUUUCUGUGUGUGGCCAGAAGCUCACUGGUGGGAUGUGUGCCCACCCCUGCCCUCCCCUCUCCCCUUGCUGGCCCGAGCGUGGGUGGCUGUCGGAGCUGUUCUGGGACGUGGUGGAUGAACCCGUAAUUGUUGUAUUUUGGCAGCAGGGACUGUAUGUAAAGAAGGGAAAGCGGCAAUGUGUGUGAUUAAAGCUGCAGUAGGGUCAGGCAGUGCUUUUUAGGGCUCACGGAUGUGACCUCCUCUUUUCCUGUUGGUUUCACCGGGAAAACUGGAGGGAAUCUGCCUGCAAAGGGCUGGGGUAGAAGAGAUUUCUACCUGUGGAAAUUCUAGUGGGAGGGAUGGUUGUGGAAGGACGUGAUGGUGUUGCAAGGCUCCUGCUAAAAAGGAGGAGGAAAUUGGAUGGCCCAGUCAGGGCUGAGAUAACACAGGGAGAGGGAACUUCUGAUGGCACGUGAUUACUGCAGAACAAGCACCUUCGUGAAGCUGUGGAGGUUUAAGAAACCAAAACUGUGUGUCCACUCCCCUGGAGAAGCAACCAGUGUGGGUGUUGGGGGUGUGAGCAGUUGUGCUUCCCAGGUCAGUCCCGUCUUCUGCAGAAUCCGAGGAGGAGAGCGGAAAGCCAGGGCUUUAGGGCAGUUUGUUUCUGUCUUGGAAUUAAGUAGCAUAUUAGCCAUAAGUGCAACUCAAGAUGUGUUGUCAGCUUGGAAUGCUCCCCAGAGAACAGCCCGGGCAGCCACAGGUCCCAGCCUGGAGUGUGUCCUGGGCACACCACCUGCCCUCCCCAGUCCUGCCUGCGUGCUCAGAGCUGCCCCUUCUGAGGGCACCUGAAUUCGGAAAGCAAAUCCUGCCCUGUUGCCAGGAUGUCCCAGAAGGGGCUGAGGAGGAGCUGAGCUGCUGCCAGGGGCGCAGGAAGGAAGCAGGGGGUGUGUUUGCUGCAGCAGGUUCUGAAGUUCCUGCCUGCCGUGGGGAGCAGUUUCCAGCAGUGCUGGGAAGGGCAGUUCACAUCCCAGAGCAGCUCCACGAGACUGAAGGUGGGGAGUUCCCUUCUGCCACCUGCCUUACAGCCGAGCACAGGCUCAGCUGCUGGGAGAGGCACAGUCCCACCCCGAGGAGGCCCCGUGGGCACAUCAGAGGUGCCAGCCCCUCUGCUGCGGCAGUGCCCGCUCAGCCAGGCCUGCAGUGCCAGCGCCCCCAGCACGGGCGGGGCUGGGGCUGGGGCUCUGCUCUCACAGCUCUUCAAGCUGUUUAUAUAGUUGUAGUUUCCUGCAAAAUUUCUUGGUUUGGAUGCCCCUAAAAUCUGGUGUUUCCUUAUGUUUGACAGAGAAAUUCUCUUACUGGUACAGUAACUAAUUUAGUGCAUUUGAGGAGAAGAUAUCCUGAACCUUUGUUUUCUGUCUUACGUUUGACAUCAGGGUAGGAUGAUCUGAAGUCCAAGGUGGGGAGGAAGAUAGUGCAGAUACUACAAAGCCUGCCAGUCUGGUUCUUACUGUUCAGAAAAACAAAAUAACUAGACUAAGAAGCUUACUGGUAAUUAGUAGCUAAUGUGUUUGUAACUAUCAUGUGCCUUAAAAUUUUCAUGGUAGGAGAAUUAAAAAAAAAAAAUCAACAAUGUGUUUUCUGUAAUACUGCUCAACAUUCUCUCUGUAGUUUAGACUGGUGGGAUUUUGCAUUGUAUUUACACUGUACUAUAAACUGAAACACUUAGAAUGGUUUGAUUUUACAAGUAUGAAGAGGAAUAAAAAAGGUGGAUUAUGCUUUUCAUAGAACAAAUGUUACCGUGACAGAAUGUAUUAUUAUUAUAGGAUCUUUCCAUAAUGCAGACAAGUAGAAUGCUUGUUAGAAACCAGGUAUGUAGGUUAACAAUUUGGUGUGUUUUCAAUAAACCAUGCCUGGAAAGAA